CCACUGCUUCCAAGUUCACUGCUAUGUGUUAUUAGGACCGGUAUUUCUACAAUCUCCCUAACUUGCAUCUCUGAGAAUGAGGUCCUCUCCACUGGCUUUAGGAUUUGUGUGGGGGAGGGGUUCAUAGCCGUUACCAUAUCACGGCAAUGGGCAAAGCGCUCAAUGCUCCGUCAGUGCAUGCCUUUGAUUUACCAACGAAUAAUCAUUAAGUUAAACAUACAGUACGUUUUUAGUGCAAUUACCUAUUUUAUCAAGUAAACGAAUACUCGAUAGCCCCGCCCUCGCCCCAUAACUCACAAAAAUCUCUUUCAGACAGGUUUUAAGAUUACAAUAUUAGGAUUUCACAUAUAAGUUAAUUACAUUUUGGUAGUCUAACUAACAUGAUUGUCAUUUUAAGAUGGAUAUCAUAAUUAAUAUAAAUGACUGCUGCAAUAAAGGUUAUUUUAUGGUAUGCUAUAAAGUGUUUUUUAAAGUGAAUGUUGGUUAAUUUUCUAGUACUUACCAUACAUUUUGGAAAAAAUUUAAAAGCCUUUUUCCAAAACGGUACAUCUUAAAAGGGGGUAAUCUUAUAAAUAGCAUUGUCUUUAAUUUGGAAUAGUACAGUAAAUUGAUUCUUAAAAUCAUUAAUUGUUGUUGUUGUUGUUAUUUAUGACUAAUUUCUGCUGUUUCUCUCUUUACAGUGACAUUUGCUGUAUAUGUGGAAUUGCAAAGCCUGUUCAGUUGUUGUACCAAACUGAGGCACUGGACAAUGACAUCGGCUGUUCUUCGAAUCAUUUUGGGGGAGAGCAGCUGCCAGAGAGUGGUUUUUCCAUCUGGCUUGCCUGAGUCUGUGACUGAACUAGAAGAUGCUGUGAGGAGUCAAUGUAAGCUACAGGACCCCUUUCGUCUGCAGUUUAUGGACACUCUUUUUGAUAACCAGUUUAUGAAUUUGACUUCAAUGAAUGAAAUUAAGGACAAAGCCACAAUAAAAAUAAUAAACAUUACUGACUCCCUCUCACCACUGAAUGCUACUUCAGCUGGCACAAUGAACAGUUCAACCUUUGCCCCAGGACAUUCCGAAGUCUCUGCAUCCAUUUCUUCUCUCUCCUCUACCAGACGAUCUUCUUGGCCUGAAACAUUCUGCAUUCCACCAUUUUCAUAUGAUGCAGAAUUUAAGCUUGAACAGGCAAACAGUGUCUUCAGAGAAAAUGGAACACUGCUUAUUCCUGAUAUCAAGCUGAAGUCAGAUAUACUUGAGGGGUUGGUCCAAAAAAUUGUUCAAUACAAGGUCUAUGUCACGGACAGAGAGUUUGAACAAGUGGGAGAGGCACUCAUCAAGAAGCAUCCAUGUUUAACAGAAAGGGGCUCAGACACUGGGUAUGGGGGUUGGAAAGUGAGCCUCAAGUACAAAUUAUCUAACUAUCGCACACAUCUCCGAAAACUUGGAUGUCCUGAAGUUACUGUAAAUUCUUUAAAGCAUAAGCCAGAUGGGAAAAAAAGCCCUGCCUACAAUGUAAAGAAGCCCAAGAGAGGUGAAGUGCACUACUGCCCCUCCUAUUCCCCUGGAGAGAACGACCAUACUCUGGAGAUUGCAAGAGUUGAGCUUCUUUCAGAUGUGAAAAAAAACAACAACCGAGAGACUAUUAAAACUAAAAUGCAGAGAACAUUUGCACUCAGGAGACAAGAAGUGCUUCGUUGUGCCCCUAUGAUCGGGGACUUCAUGAUGAGAUGGCCAGCUCUCUUUGAUGUCACUGAGGUGAAUGCAGAGUUCAAGCGAAUCACAACAGUUCCUCUACAGUCAAAAUUUCUGUCACAGCUUGACCUUCACUAUGAAGGCUUUCUGAAGGUUUUUGAAAGGCGACCAGGGCAACAAGGCAGAAAGCUGAAAGAGAUGAUGUCAACUGUAGUUGAAGAUGACAUUGAUGCAGCUCGUGAACUUGCCAUCAGAGGACUGUGUAUCUAUCUUAAUGAGGACCCUAAAGAUCUCAUUCAGGAGUAUGUGGACAUGGAAGAAGAUCUUCUACAGAGUGCGUUUGAGAAGACUACCAUGGGCAUCUUCGUGAUGAAGCACACUGCAGACAAUGAAGCCCAUAAUGUAGCAAUUGUGCUAGAGGGUGUGGCAGUGCUUCAGGACCUCGACAGCGUGGCUUUUGCAACUUCAAUGUUGUUUGGUCUAAUCUAUACUCUUAACCUGCAGUACCCCACAAAGUUGCGUUUUACAUUUGAAAUUUUGCAGAAACUCAUCAUGGAGUUGGAUGCAGGUGAACUCUCUAUCAAGGCCCAAAAUUUGAAAUCUAAACUCCACCAGUGAGAUGGACCAAUUUUUGAGUGACUACUGAGACUACAAAUGAGCAACCUCAGAAAAUUUCAGCAGCAUUCAGAGCUGCAGAGAGUAAAACGUGAUCUUAUUGUUUAGACUGUUCCGCUUUGCCUGCACUUGUUUCUUUUUAUAUUUUUUUUCUGAAUUUGACCUUUCUUUGGACUGGCCCAGAAGUUUGAAUGAUUAGAGAGCUGAAUCUGGGUAAACUAGCAUAAAUAAAAAAACACUGUUAAUAGUUUAGAUA